GGACAACUCCGCGGAUGUGGGAGCAGGUACCUGUCAAAUUCGGGUACCUGUCUGCAGUCUCUGGUCAUCUCCUGUACUGUGUCCGCAGUCUCUGGUCAUCUCCUGUACUGUGUCCGCAGUCUCUGGUCAUCUCCUGUAGUGUGUCCGCAGUCUCUUGUCAUCUCCUGUACUGUGUCCGCAGUCUCUGGUCAUCUCCUGUAUUAUGUCCGCAGUCUCUGGUCAUCUCCUGUACUGUGUCUGCAGUCUCUCGUCAUCUCCUGUACUAUGUCCGCUGUCUCUGCUCAUUUCCUGUACUAUGUCCGCAGUCUCUGGUCAUCUCCUGUACUAUGUCCGCA